AUGUUAAUCCCUAGCCCUAGGCAGCUAGUGAGGGGUUGUGGGUCCUGUCUGACCACUUCAGUUGAUGUGCACACUCCAGGAGUAGCCUGGUUGAAUCUGGGUGGUCGGAGAUGGUUCGCUAAGCCCAAGCAGAGGAAACAGAAAAAGAUAGUUCCUACAGCAGAGCACUUGGCAACGAAGGGCCUACCACCGAUGCGUUUGGAAGAUCGAAUCGGCAACCCACAGAGCCCUUAUGAGAUUGCUAAGAAUAUCAGGCAGCAUAUCUCGAGGUUGACUAAACAGGAUAGGAAUCAGGUCCUGGUCAUUGAUGCUGGUGGGAGCAAUCGUAGAGCCGUAGUAGGAGACCUUAUAGCAGCAUCUGCAGUUAAGAAUAGUUGGGCAGGUAUAGUAGUGUAUGGUUAUAUAAGGGACUCUGCUGCUGUUAAUAAGAUGGAUAUUGGUGUGAAAGCGCUAGGCACCCAUCCAAGGAAGACAGAGAAGAAGGAUAUAGGGGAUGUCGAUAUACCUGUAAAGUUUGGCGGUGUUGUAUUCACUCCUGGGCACUGGCUUUAUUCUGAUGAGGAUGGUAUCAUUGUAGCUGCGUCUGAUGUAAGGAGACCUACUGCCGCCAUCUAG